AUGAAAUUGAUUAACAUCCUGCUUCUCCUUGUUGUGCUUUCGCAGUUGAAGAAUGUUACCCUUGUCGAAGAGUCAGAAGACGACGACUUCGCAUAUUUUGUAACUCAGAGAAUGCUGGAAUUUCACAGGAAAAUGCUAGCUGACUCGACAAAAAAAACAACUCCUUCACCAUCAAAAAGAUGUGGUGGACCACUAUCCAGUUUUGUUUCUGUUGUCGUCGUGUAA